AUGGAUUCUUUACCGGGAACAUCUGCCUCAGUUCUUUAUGGUGAUGAAAAUUAUGAAAAACAAUUGCUGAACUGGUAUAAUGAAAUUGAUUCUGACGAUAGCGAUAACGAAACUGAACUUGAUCCAAAUGAAAUAGAAGAAUCUGUACACGACACAGAAAGUGAACAGGAAGAUGAAUCUGAAGAUAUAGAACAUAAUAAAAACGAGAGUGACAAUGAAGAAGAAUUAGACGAGUCUGAAGAGGAUGAAAUAAGGAACAAUUACUUCUACGGAAAAGAUCGAUAUAAAUGGUCAAAAGAGCCCGCAGUAAGUAAAAAUACACGAACAAUGAAAUACAAUAUUGUUACAAAAUUACCAGGCAUUAAAGGAAUAUUUUAUGGGGAGAAACAAAACAGUGCCUUAUCUAUAUGGACCAGCUUAAUCACUAAUGAUAUGUUAGAUAUUAUUAUACGAUGGACAAAUGUAAGGUUGAGAAGGGAGAGGUUAAAAUAUAAAAAUCAAAAUCACAGUGACCUUCGUGACUUUGAUGUGACUGAGUUAAAAAGUUUCAUAGGGCUUUUGUUUUUCACCUCAAUUUUUAAGUCUAAUACUGAAAAUAUUAGAUCAAUUUUUGCAACAGAUGGUUCAGGCAGAGAUAUUUUUCGUUACGUUACCAAUGCAAACCGUUUUGCAAUUCUUUUAAUUUGUUUGAGAUUUGAUAAUCCUAACGAUAGAAGUGAGAGGAAGAAAAAUGAUCCGAUAGCACCUAUUUCUGAAGUUUUUAAUUUAUUUGUAGCAAAUUGCCAAAGGCUAUAUACUCUGGAAACUGGAGCAUGUAUUGACGAAAUGCUAAUUGCCUUUAGAGGACGUUCAAAAUUUAAAAUAUACAUGCCCAACAAACCAGCGAAGUAUGGGAUGAAACUGAUGGCCCCGACCGAUGCUAGGACGUCCUAUUUCUAUAAUGGGUAUUUAUAUUGUGGAAAAGAUUCGGAUGGCUUGACUUUAAGUGACGAAGAUAGAAGAAAAUUCGCUAAACCUUCUCAAUCAGUUCUUCGAUUAGCCAAACCUAUAUUUGGUUCUAACCGAAAUAUAACCACAGAUAACUGGUUCUCGUCUGUGGAACUUGUCGAUAUGUUAAAAUCGAAACAGCUAAGUUUUGUAGGAACACUAAAAAAGAAUAAAAGGCAGAUACCUCAAGAAUGUUUGCCUUCGCGUUCAAGAGAAGUUGGUAGUUCUGUUUAUGGGUUUACAAAAACUACAACUUUGGUGUCUUACGUUCCCAAACAAAAUAAGUCUGUGACUUAA